UUGUUCUGCUAUAAUUGAGGAUGACAGGGUAGAAAUAGUUGGUAGUGCUGCAGGCUCAGACGAGUAUAUCUUAGAUUGGGACUCCAAAGGAGGUGCUGUACUACAUAUCGACUGUUGGAAUGAAGUGUUACGUAAUGCGAGAAUUAGAAGAUCCAAAGGAGCUACAAUAAAGAUCUCAUCAGUUGAAAAAUCAUUGAUCAAAGAAGCAGCUAAAACUGCAGAGUUUCAUGAUUCACAAAUUACUAUUCAAAACAAAGCUAAGAAAAUAGCUGACCUUAUUGUUAAUGCCAAAUAUGGUAUUGUUUUUACUGGAGCUGGGAUAUCAACCUCUGCUGGUAUUGGUGAUUAUCGUGGUAAAAGUGGAAAAUGGACUGAACAAGAUCGACAAGCGAUAAUUGAAGACACACCCACUAGCAGUAAUGAUGAUGAUGAUGGAGUACCUUAUGAAGAGUUAAGACCAACCUAUACUCACGAGGCCUUGGCUAAACUGGUGGAGAUGGGGUUAAUAAAACAUGUUAUAAGUCAAAAUGGUGAUGGUUUACAUGGUUUAUCUGGUAUACCAAAGGAGUGUCUCUCAGAACUUCAUGGGAAUGUAUUUUUAGAAAUAUGUGAGGAUUGUGGUGAGAAAUAUGAUCGUCCAUUUUAUGUUCUUGAUGAUACCAGUAGUCAAUAUUAUGAAGAUAUUAAUGAGAGCGGACAAAGUUCUUUAGCUAAACCAUUACAUGCAGUUCAAUGUAUGCUGUGUGAUCUAUCACAUCGUACAGGUCGGUCAUGUGACAGCUGUGGAGGCUAUCUCAAGGAUAGCAUCAUUAACUUUGGUGAUAAUCUUCGAGAAGAUGUUCUCACAACUGCAGAAAGAGUUGCUAAAGAAUCUGAUCUUUGCAUAAGCUUAGGAACUACAAUGACAGUUACUCCAGCCUGUGAUCUAGUUCUUAUGGGUCAAAAAACCUUACGUUUGGUAAUUGUCAAUAGACAAAAGACACAAUUUGAUUAUUUGUGUAUAACUAAAGACGAUAAAAAGAUGGAUUGUGGGGCGAGGGUGUUUGGUGACUGUGAUAGUGUAAUGAGGGAAGUGAUGGUGUAUUUGAUGAAGGAAAAAGAUAAAAUGAAGUGGAAAAAGAGAGACAAAUUAGACUACAA